AUGAGUGAGUCAAGAACAGUUUCAACUCCUUUGGGACAGCAGUUUCAGUUAUGUGCAAGUCAAGGGCCGAAGUCUGAGGAAGAGCAGAAUGAAAUGAAGAACAUCCCAUAUGCAAACAUCAUUGGGAGUGUGAUGUAUGUAAUGAUAUGUACCAGACCAGAUCUAGCUCAUGCAGUGAGCAUCACAAGUAGAUACAUGAGUAAUCCGGGGAAGGCUCACUGGCAGGCUCUCAAAUGGAUGCUGAGAUACUUGAGAGGGAGCUCAGAUUAUGGGAUCAUGUACAAGGGAUUUGGAGACCAAACUAAGGACAUCAUUGAAGGGUUUUGUGAUUCGGAUUAUGCCUCCAACAAGGACAACAGAAAAUCACAGACAGGAUACAUCUUUACUAUGUUUGGAUCUGCUGUAACAUGGGAAUCAAAUCUGCAAUCUGUUGUGGCCUUAUCAACCACGGAGGCUGAGUAUAUAGCUCUCACCGAUGCAGUGAAGGAGAGUUUCUGGAUCAGAGGAAUGUUAGGAGACUUAGGAGAAAGGCAGGAAAUAGUUGCUGUUAACUGUGACAGCAGCAGCGCAAUUUGCUUGUCUAAGCAUCAAUGA